GUUGGAAGGGAGUAGAUUGAUGAAGAAAUCACCAAUCUGCGGGUACAAUUACCGCCUGCCUUCAGGGAGAAGAUCACCACGAAGAUCCAGCAAAUGUCUCCAAUCCCGCAGAAUGACCCUCUGCCACGAUCGACCACUACGAUACUCGACCUCGGGGACAUACAAAAGAGGGACAUACUUGGCAUGGCUACUUUCUUGCUGUAUACUCUCUGGAUCUGUGUUGGACCGGCUUUAUGGCUCAGAGUGCAGCAUUCUGUGCACUGCGUAGCGCGGCAAAACACUAAUUACGUAAAUUACACACCACAUGAGCAC